GGUCUGCAGAUUUCGGAAGCGUCUGCUCCCCACUCGAGACUUCCGGAAGCCUCCUCCUCACGGUUGCACCGAAGGAAGGGUGCGCGACUUCAGAGCAGCGUCCCUUAGGAGGCGCGACAGCGACAAGACAGAAAGUAGGCACGUCCCGCCACGGAGCCUGACUCCGGGCAGAGCGCACGCGUUCGGCUGUCCAAUCAACGUCUAGGGGCGGGCCGGCUGGUGGGGCUUGGGAGAUAGGUGGAGCCGAGCCCACAUUCUCCAAUGGGAUGCAGGCAGAGGCGGGCUUAAUGGCAGAAGGAGCAUGGCGUGGAGACAGCUGAGAAAGCGGGCCCUGGAUGCAGCCAUCAUCCUUGGGGGUGGAGGACUUCUCUUCACCUCUUACCUGACAGCCACGGGGGACGACCAUUUCUACGCCGAGUACCUGAUGCCGGCUCUGCAGAGACUGCUUGAUCCAGAGUCGGCGCACCGGCUAGCUGUUCGAGUCAUCUCCCUGGGGCUCCUUCCUCGAGCUACGUUUCAGGACUCCAACAUGCUGGAAGUGAGAGUCCUGGGCCAUAAAUUCCGAAAUCCAGUAGGGAUUGCUGCAGGAUUUGACAAGCACGGGGAAGCUGUGGACGGACUCUAUAAGCUGGGCUUUGGUUUUGUUGAGGUGGGAAGUGUGACUCCCCAGCCUCAGGAAGGAAACCCCAGGCCCCGAGUAUUCCGUCUCCCUGAGGACCAAGCUGUUAUUAACAGGUAUGGAUUCAACAGCCACGGGCUCUCAGCGGUGGAACACAGGCUACGGGCCAGACAGCAGAAGCAGACCCAGCUCACCACAGAUGGGCUGCCUCUGGGAAUAAACCUGGGGAAGAAUAAGACUUCGGUGGAUGCUGCUGCAGACUAUGUAGAGGGUGUUCGCAUCCUGGGCCCCUUGGCCGACUACCUGGUGGUUAACGUGUCCAGUCCCAACACUGCUGGCCUGAGGAGCCUACAGGGAAAGACUGAGCUGCGCCGCCUGCUGUCCAAGGUGCUGCAGGAGAGGGACGCCUUGAAGGGACCUCAGAAGCCAGCGGUGCUGGUGAAGAUUGCCCCUGACCUCACGGCCCAGGACAAGGAGGACAUUGCCAGCGUGGCCAGAGAGCUGGGCAUCGACGGACUGAUCAUCACAAAUACCACAGUGAGUCGCCCUGUUGGCCUCCAGGGUGCUCUGCGCUCUGAGACAGGGGGACUGAGUGGGAAGCCACUCCGAGAUCUGUCGACCCAGACGAUCCGGGAGAUGUACGCCCUCACCCAAGGCACGAUUCCCAUCAUCGGGGUUGGUGGUGUGAGCAGCGGACAGGAUGCCUUGGAGAAGAUCCAGGCAGGGGCCUCCCUGGUGCAGCUGUACACGGCCCUCACCUUCUUGGGGCCACCAGUCGUGGCCAGGGUCAAGCGUGAGCUGGAGGCCCUUCUAAAAGAACGGGGUUUUAACACAGUGACAGACGCCAUUGGAGUAGAUCACCGCAGGUGACGGUACCAGCCUGAAGCCCCACCCAAAAGGCGCCUACCAACUCAAGCUGCGUGACUGAGUCCUGAGAGGGAGAGCUGUCUCAAAGCAUGUCCCUUGAACUGUGGCCUCGAUGGACUGCACAAGCCAGUCGUGGGCAUCACUAGCCGGUGAAGGAAUUCUCUAAUCACCUGAGGAGAUCAUAAAUCCCACUGUCUCUAGAUCUAAAUUUCACUGAUUAAAUGAUUAAUUGAAUCCUAAAUCUCUAGAUCUGAGUCCUGGGAUGGCUCAGGAUCAUAAAGACAUUGGCUUCUUGGGAGGAAAAAUCAUGGAGAAAAUAAAGCCAUUUAACCCUGUUUUAAAUCCCAUCCCUUCUUGGGGGCCGAGUCUCUGCCCGGAUUCUGAAGCCCUGAGCCUCCACUCUUGGUCUGUAGGGGGCUCCCCAGGACUCUACCUUUCAGCUGACCUUGGCUUAUUUUACAUUUCUGACUUUGAGACUAUUUCAAAUGUACUCAAAAGUUGCAGGGAUGUGUGUCUUUCAUUCUGAUCCACCAGGGGUCACUGUUUGUCAAGUGGCUUUUAUCCCUUUCUUUCUCUGCAAAUAAACACAUAUGCAUAGAACAAUGCUAGAAUAUAUUGUUAUUGCUUAAACAUUUUUUUUUCUUUCAAGACAGGGUUUCUUUGUGUAACAACCUUGGCCGUCCUGGAACUUGCUUUGUAGACCAGGCUGACCUGGAGCUUACUGCAGCAUGUGCCACCACGCCCAGCAACUGGCUGAAGCCUCUCAAAGACAAUGUCAACACGGCUUUCCCCAUGAGUGCCUUGGCACGCUUCUCAAACACACUUUACUGCU